CUCUCCAAUAUUCGUUUCGCUUCUAUAGCUUCUCUCUCCAUCCAUCCAUGGCAACAACACCAUCAACUCGACCGCAAAACCCCAAACAAUUGGCUCCUCCUCCUCCCGUCGACCUCGAGGGACAAACCAACCAAGCCCUUGAGCAAGAGGUUGAGGUUGUUGACUUCUCGAAGCGAGCUCGGUGGCUUCGCGCUGCCGUGCUGGGUGCUAAUGACGGCCUGCUCUCGACGGCAUCGCUCAUGAUGGGUGUGGGUGCUGUCCAUAGGGACGUCAAGACCAUGGCGAUAACCGGAAUGGCGGGGCUGAUCGCCGGCGCCCGUAGCAUGGCUAUCGGGGAGCUCGUAUCCGUGUACUCGCAGUACGACAUCGAGGUGGCCGAGAUCAAGAGAGAGGAUAGGAACGAAGCCCUAGGAGCUGAAGAGAUGGACUCGAGGAAGGAGAAGCUACCGAGCCCAUGGCAAGCGGCUGGGGCAUCGGCAUUGGCCUUUGCGGUGGGGGCGUUGGUUCCGAUCCUCGCGGCUGUGUUCAUAAAGGAGUACAAGGUGAGGGUGGCCGUGGUGAUAGUGGCGGUAAGCGUGGCAUUGUUUGGGUUCGGUGGGCUGAGCGCAGUCUUGGGGAAAGCGCGGGUGGUGAAGUCGGCUUCUAGGGUGCUGCUUGGAGGGUGGUUGGCCAUGGGCAUUACCUUUGGUUUGACCAAGCUGAUUGGAUCUACUGGUCUAUAAUAACUUAAGCAUCAUAUAUAGUGUUUACUUGAUGGUAUUAAUGGCAAGCAAUAAGAUUUACAUGUUUCUAUCUUAGGUC